AUGGCGCGCGAGAAACAAAAGGUGCCCGUUCAACGGGUACCAUCCGGCGGAAUCAUGCACGCACCUAAAGACAUUCCAGAAACGAACGGCGCAAUUGAGCAGCCAGGGAAAGGAAAACCACAAGUCCAGGCUUCUCCGGAGCCGUCACAACCUGGGCUCUUGCAGCUGGUGAUUUGCGUGGCAGGUAUCUAUGCCUCAUUUCUUUCUUGGGGUGUGCUUCAGGAAGCAAUCACUACUACCCAUUAUCCUGUUCACCCGCCUACGUCCGUGAUCCCGAACCCUCAGACCGAAAGAUUCACAUUCUCCCUGGUUUUGAAUACCGUACAAUCCUUCUUUGCUGUCAUAACGGGGUCUAUGUACCUCUAUUUCUCUACACCUCGUGGGGCGAGUACACCAUCGAUAUUUCCUACCAGCCGGAUUAUCGUUCCUUUGAUACUUGUCAGCCUAUCGUCCUCCUUAGCCUCUCCUUUUGGAUAUGCCAGUCUUGCACACAUCGACUACGUCACUUUUACUCUGGCAAAGUCUUGCAAGUUAUUGCCGGUUAUGUUUCUUCAUCUGACUAUUUUUCAAAAACGGUAUCCUCUGUAUAAGUAUGGAGUGAUUCUUCUCCUCACUAUCGGCGUGGCGACAUUUACUCUACAUCAUCCAGGCACGGCAAAGAAGAGAGGAUCCAAGGGACCGAACUCGUCCUCCAUAUUUGGACUCUUCCUCCUCUUCAUUAACCUCCUGCUGGAUGGUCUCACCAAUACAACACAGGAUCAUAUCUUCACGUCUCCAAAGUUAUAUGGCAAAUUCAGUGGCCCCCAGAUGAUGGUGGCUCAAAACUUGAUAUCUACUAUCCUCACGAGCGCUUAUCUCGUUGUCAUGCCCCACGUUUCUACCUCUAUCCUCCCUCUCCUGCCAUUACCUAUUCCUCCAUCACAAACAUCAGAACUCUCGUCUGCUAUUGCUUUUCUCUCCCGUCACCCUCAGGCCACUAAAGACGUAGUUGCAUUCGCUGCGUGUGGGGCCAUUGGCCAGUUAUUCAUCUUCUACACAUUAGCACGCUUCUCCUCCCUUCUCUUGGUGACAGUAACAUUAACCAGAAAGAUGUUAACUAUGCUUCUCAGUGUUGUAUGGUUUGGCCAUAAGUUAGGUAGAGGCCAAUGGGCAGGAGUUGGUUUGGUGUUUAGCGGAAUUGGAGCAGAGGCUUGGGUUCAGAGGAAGGAGAAGGAGAAGAAACUCCGGGACAAAGCCAAAGAGGGGAAAUUCCUAUAG